GUCAAAUGUGCCGUUCAAAAAUAUUCGCUGAGAAGUCUGUGAGUUUAUCCGGACAUUUACUAUCCCCCGCUGACUGGAUUUCUUAAAAACGGACGGCGUCACAGCAUAGCGAAAUGAUGACAAGGCUAAAAUACGUAAUACAGAGUCUGAUUGUGGCCCAGCAAAACGUCGCUCUCUUAUUUUGAAAAUACCAAGCAUCAACGUCCGUUUCCUCUCCGGCCGAGCCAACAUGGCGGUGCACGGUGAGCACAACAACUAUUUUGUGAGAGAAAUUGAGAUACACGACGGUUCUGUCUUGAAAGUGAAUCAGUGUUUUAUGGGGGACGUGGGUUGCGUGGUUUGGGAUGCAGCCAUUGUUCUUGCGAAGUAUUUGGAGACGAAGGUAUUUCACGAUCCAUCCUCAGGAGUGAACUUGUGGGCUGGCCGGAGAGUGGUGGAGUUAGGGGCUGGCACUGGGUUGGUUGGAUUGAUGGCAGCAACACUAGGCGCUCAUGUUAGUGUGACAGACUUGGAUGAUCUACAGAGCCUCCUGAAGGUCAACAUCCAAGACAACCAGACUCUCAUCAGUAGUGGGUCCAUUACUGCCAAGGUACUGAAAUGGGGUGAAGAUGUAUCUGAUUUCCUGCCAUUUCCUAACUAUGUCCUUAUGGCAGAUUGCAUUUAUUAUGAACAGUCGAUUGCUCCACUGGUGGAGACCUUGAAGCUGCUCGCUGGACCAGAGACCUGCGUCAUUUGUUGCUAUGAGCAACGCACCGAGGGCAUCAACCCAAAAGUGGAAAGGCAGUUUUUUGAGUUGCUGCAACAAAGCUUCAGCUGUGAAGAGAUCCCUUUGAGCAAACACGAUCAAGAAUUUAGUAGUCCAGACAUCCACAUCCUGCACAUAAAAAAAAAAUCUGAGCUUGUAAGACGGCAUUCGUGAAUGAUUGAAAAAACAAAUAAAUCUCAUUAAAUAGCA